AGACAGCAUCAGUCGUGUCUGGGCUCGCGCUGCACUGUUGGUUCUUUACCAAGUGGUGAGAUCAGAUGAUACCGAAAAUAUAUAUAUAUUUUUAAAUAACUGAACCGAAACACCGAACAGGCUACGUCUGAGGUUUGUGUUGCGGGCAAAGUUUGGAUUUUAGACAGCUUGCACUGAGUGAAGCUCCUCCCGUCUCUCCCUUCACCGUGGACACAGCAGGUGGAUGCCGCCAUGCCAUUUGGGUGCCUUGCCAUGCGAGAUGGGCGGAACUUAGACAACAUCUAUGAUGUCACCGACAAGUACGAGAUGGGACAGGUCCUUAAAGCGAAGGAGUUCUGUGAGCUGUGUAUGGCUAAAGACCGACAAACCAACAAGGUGUUUGUCUGUAAGAAGUUUCUGAAGAAGGACGGGAGGAAAGUACGCAAGGCUGCCAAGAAUGAAAUCCUGAUCCUCAAAAUGGUCAACCAUCCAAAUAUCCUCCAACUGAUCGACACUUUUGAGACGCGGAAGGAGUUCUUCAUCAUCCAGGAGCUGGCUACAGGCGGUGAUGUGUUUGACUGGAUUCUGGACCAGGGGAAUUACACAGAGAGAGAUGCCUCCAACGUGAUCAAACAGGUUCUAGAGGCCGUAUCCUAUCUACACUCACUCAACAUCGUACACAGGAACCUCAAGUUGGAGAACCUGAUGUACUACACAGAGAACAAUCACAACAAAGUGGUUCUGCGGGAUUUCUACCUGUCCAAGUUUGAGAACGGUUCUAUCACAGAACCCUGUGGAACACCGGAGUACCUGGCUCCUGAGGUUGUGGCCAGACACCGGUACGGUCGACCGGUGGACUGUUGGGCAGUAGGGGUCAUCAUGUAUAUACUUCUGUCGGGGAAUCCUCCGUUCUACGACGAGACAGAAGAAGAGAACACAGACCUUCACAACCGGAUCAUCUUCUGUCGUAUCAUAGCUGGGGAGUUUGAGUUUGACGCUCCUUACUGGGACGACAUCUCUGUUCCAGCUAAGGAGUUGGUGUGUAGACUGAUGGAGGUGGACCAGAUGCUGAGAAUCACAGCUACAGAUGCUCUCGUACACAAGUGGAUUGCUGGUAACGGGGCCUCGGAGAAGAACCUGAAGGAGGGAGUGUGUGCCCAGUUUGAGAAGAACUUUGCUAAGGCCAAGUGGAGGAAAGCGAUCAGAGUCACCACCUUCAUGCAGCGUCUUCGUGCGUCUGAGACUGCUGCCGCUGAAGUGGAGGCAGGAGGGCAGGGGGAAGGAAGGGGGGAGGACCAGGGAGGAGGAGGGCAGAGUAAGGGAGGAGGGGUGACACCAGAGGUGAUGGUUGGAACUAAUCCGGAGCGUGAGGAGAGGAACGGGGGAGUAGGGGUGAGGAGGUGGGGAGAGGAGAGGGGAGGAGGGGGGAGAAACCCUUUGAGUCCCUCUGUAGGGAUCUCUCCUUCCACCAAUAAUGAACCACUCUCCCAGCCUCCCAACCAAUCAAAUGCCAGCUCCAAACCUCUGGGGGACGAGCCAAAGAAGCCAGCCGUGAAGAAGACGUCAGGCAAAAUGGCCGCCGCAUUGGGUCAAACCAAAACAACAACAGAGACCAAAACACCUCCUACCCCCAUCGUAACCCCUGACCUCACCAAGCCCCAGGACCCCGUCACUGUCUCUGACCACGACACAGCAGCACCAUCGUUGCUUAGCAAUGCCAAGAAGAAGCAACCAACCUAUGUCACUCCUGAGACUCCAACGACUCAACGACACAAGAUGGACGCCCAACUCCCCAACAUGGGCCCAGGCCCUGCUGCUGCUACUACUACUACUGCUGCAGCCAUAGCCCCACCUGCUGACAGGAGGCCGGCAGUGCAGGCUCCAGUAGAGGAGAAGAAGCUGGGUGACAGUAGCUGGUGUCAGACCCAGCUCCCUGAGGCUGUAGCUGAGAGGCCUGCUGGAGGUGGGGGAGUAGGGGGAGGAACUGGGAUUGAGAUGGGAGGGGGAGGGGCAUCUGGAGCAGGGUCAACAGUGAGAACUGGGAUAGGGCCAAGAGGUGACGCGAGCCCCAUUGGUAGAGACCAGAGGGCAGACAGGCACAGUGUAGAGUCCAGGGGGGAACCCGAACCGUCCGAGGGGGGCUACAGUUAUACCAUAGGGGCACUGGGAAGCUCCCGUUGUCUAGGCCGACACACCACCGCAUACAGCCAGGAGGUUGAGCUGGGGGGGUACGGGGGUUCCUACUGCUCCUCUCUGUACGGCAGUGGGGGUGGAGGGAGGAUGUAUGGGGGACUGGAGCACGGAGGUGUUGGGGUCAGAGGUCAUGGUAGUAGUACUGCUGAUUGGCAGAUGGACAGCGUGAUCGAACAGAUCGAGAAGCAAAUGGCGGCGGUGCUGGAGAAGAUCGAGGGGGACAUGCCCUCUCUCCUGGAACAGAUCAGUGACUGCCCCCCGCCUCCCGAACCCCCCCGCAGCACACACACCUCCCCCUCCUCACGCUCCCGCUCCUCCCAACACCAACCAUCUCACUCCUCCACCUCCUCCCUCACCUCCACUGCUACACCCCCACCCCUCCCCACAUCUCCCAGACCACCUCUUCCCUCCCUCCCCCACCUCACCAUCCCCCCUCCAUCCUACCCGCCUCCUUCCCUGCCCACCCGCUCCCCUGGUCAGCCAAUCGGUGAGCACAAGGAGAGAGACGGACAGAGAGGAGCAGUCCAUUCCAGCCAAUCCCCAUCCGUGAGGCCAGGGAAGGGCCUAUGAGGGACUAAAGUGGGCACCUGAUUGCAUUUCACGUCAUUGCAUUGGUUUGGAAGGAGAAAACAGUCCUGCCCGACUCAUUUGGAGGUAAGACAUUUUAACAUCUGAUGGAGAAAAAAACUAAACGUAGGAAAUGCAUCCAGCUGUGUUCAAUCUAGACCUGCUAGCCAGCCAAGUAAUGUUUUCUGUUGAGGAGUCUGUUUUGCUAGGUAGCUGCAUGCAGUAUCUGUUCACCUAGCUAAAUGUCUCUUCCCCUAUUGUGUUGGACCAUUGCGGUUCGUGCUACUAGUUAAAAAAUUAUAGGCUAUGUUAUUCUACUCUUACUGUAAACAACUUGACCAAGUCUAAAAUAUGCUAAACUGUUAACAUGAUGAUUGCACACUAAUAAAUGCAGUUGUGGCUUCAGAAACUUGAACCAGCACUAAAAUGUGAGCAGUGAGGUUAAUUUCUCCCCUCGUCUCUGCUUGUUCCAGGUUGAAGGAUAUCCUGUCACUCUGUAGAUGUUAACACCUUGUUGUGAACCACCCGGCCACCAGGGUAUUAUUCAGGAGCGUGUGACAUCACAAUGUCAGAGAGAAAUAGAUGCACUCAUGUUAUUGUUUAUCGUGCAGAUUUGUCAGGACAUAGUAACUUAUGAAGCUCAUUCUAAAAUACAGAUGUGAUUUCUGUCCCAGGGGAUUUGAACUGUGUUCAAGUCUUCAAUUUAGACCACAAUUAGUUGAAUUAGGUGUUUGUGAAGAGCUGGUACAAAAACCUGUGAAACUCCUGUCCCAUCAAAAGAAAAAUGGCUGUCAUAACUACAUUUGCACUCAUGUACUGAACAAGUUUAUGAAUGUUGGAAGUUCAUUUCCUUGAGAUGUCCCUCAGUUGGGAAUUAUUUUCUACAAUGGACUGUGUUUAAAGGACUCAUGCACACAUACAGGAAAACCAAUAAACAUUUGCAUUUUUUAAAUUGAAAAUGCCAAGUGUUUAUGUCUCCACGUGUUUCUGGUUCUGAGGCAGUUAACCCACUGUUCCUAGGCUGUCAUUGAAAGGCGGGGUCAUCUGGGGUCUGCAGGUCAUCCAAUCAAUGAGAGAGAAGGGCAUCAAUGAUAUUACAAUGCGCCAGGGUAGCCUAGUGGUUAGAGCGUUGGACUAGUAACCGGAAGGUUGCAAGUUCAAACCUCCGAGGCAGGGUGACGGCAGCCUGUGGAGGCUGGGAGACGGCAGCCUUUGGAGGCAGGGAGACGGCAGUCUUUGGAGGUAGACAGGGAGACGGCAGUCUUUGGAGACAGGGAGACGGCAGCC